AUGCCUAUAAAUCAACCAAGUAAUCAAAUAAAACUUACAAAUGUCUCGAUAGUUCGUUUGCGAAAAGGUGGCAAACGAUUCGAGAUUGCUUGCUAUAAGAAUAAGGUCUUGGAGUGGAGGAACGGGGUCGAAACAGACUUGGACAACGUUCUCCAAAUCAAUAAUGUAUUUCUGAACGUUUCGAAAGGACAAGUAGCCCCAAAAGAUGAUUUACAAAAAGCAUUCAAAACUGAAGAUCUAAAUAAGAUUGUAGAAGAGAUUCUAAAAAAGGGUGAAUUGCAAGUGAGCGAAAGAGAACGCUCAAAUCAAAUUGACAACACGUAUCGUGAAAUUGCAACAAUAGUCGCGGAGAAAUGUGUGAAUCCCGAGACGAAGCGUCCUUACACUGUCACGAUGAUCGAGAAAGCAAUGGGUGAGUUACACAUGUCUGUAAAAACUAAUCGAAGUACAAAGUCUCAGCUUCAAGAAAAGAAAAUCAUCCCAAUCGCCCGUGCACAAAUGCGAUUACGAAUAACAAUACCAAAUGUAAAAGAGGGAAAGAGAGUCCGAGAGAAAUUAGUCCCACUUAUUGCACAAACUGAAGAUGAAAAUUUCGACGGGGAUGAGUAUGAGCUGUUAUGUACCAUUGAUCCGGGACAGUAUCGAACUAUUAGUGAAUUGUUACAGAGUGACACAAAAGGAAAGGGGCAAUUGGAAUUGUUGUCGCUAAAUGAUACAAGUGAAGGAGACAUACAUUCAUGA